UUUUGCAACGUCAGAGUAGGGCAGGGCCAGGGGCGGAGUUUUAAGGCCAGUUCUCGGGUUCUCGUAUCUGAUUGAGCCCAGCGGGUCCUGGGGCGGGUCCUGGAACGGGUCCCACUCUGCUUUUGACAGCUCUCUCUUGCAGAGCCGCAGCCGAGUCCCGUGGGUUCGGGAACCUGUAGCCCCGUUCUCCGCGCGUCCCCGUCCCCCCGUGGCUCUGGCCCUUGCCAUGAAGCGCAUCUUCUCCUGCUCCAGCUCACAGGUGGCGCUCUUCCACUCCCGCAAUGCAGCCCGCCAGCCCUGCCUUCCCCAAGACCCUGGUCCUCUAGCCGCCGACUUGCCUUCCUAACGUCUGCCCUUCCCCAAGUUCCUUUCUCUUGGCCCUUUCUUGUCCUCCUAGCAUGUGCACCCCCAACUUCUAAGAUAUUUCCUGCAGCCCCUGCCCCUCCCUGAAGGCCGUGUCUACUUUUGCUCUCUCACAGUACUGAACACCAAGCAUUUGCUCUAUCCCCAGUCCCUGCUCAGCCCCAAGUUCCACUCUAUGUCCCAAGUUUUGCCCCACAGCCCCAUUUUCGGCCCUGAUCUGUCCUUCCAACCCUGCCCUCUCAUAUGGCUCUAUCCUUGCUGUUUCCUCUCGGCCCAACAAACUCCCAGGCCAGUGCCUUCCAUUAGCCCUGCUUCAAAAUCUUCUCUGUCCCUGCCUCCCAUCUCUCCACCCCCCCCCCCCCGGCCUCUUCCACUCCUGCUAUCUCAUCAGCACCAGUGGCUCUCCAACAUCGCUCCAGACUUCUUUCCAAUUGGUACUCCCACACCAGCAGCCUCCUCCUUGCCCCCUUAGGCUCCCUGCCCCUCUCUGCCCAAUGGUUGUCAACCCUAGUUUUCCCCCUUUUGCCCCAACCUCCUUCUGCCUGCUCUCUGUGGGUUAAUCUUGCAGUCCCCCAGCCUGGCAGGCACUGGUAGAGGAGACAUACUUGUCUGGCAGCUCCCCAAGGAACUGGGUAAGUUGCCUGCAGAAUCCACCCUGGCCAGCUCACUGCAGUGUCUGGUUAUCAGACUGGUUCUUGGACCAGUCAAGACCUCCUGCCUGCUUCUCCCCAGAAUCUUCCUUCAUUCAGAACCCUUACUCAGUUGCUUAGGCCUUGUGCUCUCUGCUUCCUGGACUGAGUUGGGGAAAGGUGACCAUAGGAGAAGAGGGUAUAGUGGAUGCUCUCUGAGAGCUCCCAGUAGAAGUCACUCUAUCCCCCAUGUUCUCCCAGAAAACAACACGAGGCCGAUUACACAAGGUGGGGCACAGAGAGGACGUAGCUGCCUCUUCCCUGAAGAUCUCUUAUAGAGAGACCCCCUAUCUGGGGAUGGCAUUUUCUGUGGAGAUUGGGAUUGGGGCUCAUUUAGAAGUGAAGUAGCCAGCGACCUGUGGGAAUAUUACUUAGCCUAACCUGACUUAGUGGUGUCCCUCAGGAGCAAACAUGAGAACAGCUCAGCUUGCUCUGCAAGGGCAGGCCACAGAAGCCUGGACGUGAGUGAGCUAUGAGGCAAGAGUAAGAACUCUGUUGAGGCCUGUCCUUGUCCCACUUGUGAUUGCUUCUCCUGUCAUCUCCACACAUGGAUCAGCCAAUCAAAAUGCAUUUACUGGCUGACUAGGAUAGGUACCAGAAACUGAAGCUACUCAGAUUCUGUCUUAACUGAUAAUGAUUUUCUGAUUCACACGGACACUUCCCUAGUCACUGAAAGUCCUCCACAUUGCCCUUCCCUUUCCGGUCUGUGCAGUCUGCCUGCUCCUUAGGAAUGGGGAAAUUAUUUCAUUUUUCCUGAUUCUCCAAUCCUUGGUCAGUGUCUCCUUUCCAAGGUGCUGGAGUAAGCAAUGGACGGAAUGUUGGAAUUUGGAAACAUCCCUCCCUCACGCCAGCUCUACAGAUGUUUGGCUAUGAAGAAUUUCCACCCAUUCUCGACUCUUUUUAGUGUCACAAGCUCAUAGGAAGUGAAUUGGGUGGACUUAGAGCUAUCUAGCUGGAAAGAAAACAGUUGCCUCGGUCAGGAUGGAUCACAAAAAGCUUAAAAAAUAGGCCAGUGUCAGCUGCAAAUUGUUUCCUCCUGAAACUUCCUCACCCUUAUGAUAAAUUCCUCCACUCCUUGGGUGGCUAACCACUCUGAACAUGUUUGUCAGAGAAACAAUGCAACAAGCCUUCCUGGCCACUCCCAAAGCCUGGCUUCCAAGUCUCACCGGAGGAUUGCCCCUGCCUGUCUCCACUCCCACCCCCGGGUCCAGGGCCAGAUCCCCGCACCCUUAGAUUGAGAUCAGGAUCGAAGAUCAGUGAUCAUUUUAAAGUUAAUCUAAGUUAUCCAGAAUAUAAAGAGCAAAACAAAGACACAAAUAAAAACCCGGCUCUUAUGGUCUCGUUUUAUUUUAGUCUGAUUGAUAGAUGGUGCUUUUUGAGGGAGUCUUACCUAUUAGCUUUCUCUGCCUAUGUAGGAAGUAGACCAAAAAAUAGCUUUCAACAGUUGGCACUGAAUCAGCUUAGAGGAAUGUCAAUUGCAUUAAAAAAAAUUUUUUUUUUGAGAGUCAGCUCCUGCUUCCUCUAAGGCAGCCUUUCCAUUUCCAUGCACCUGUCCUACACACGUAGCCAGUCUUUCUCUCUCUCCUGUUGGUGUGUCCCAUCUCAGUAGGAUGCUUAUGGGCACACAGCCAGAGAUAAGGUAAGGCCACAAUUACUUGUACAAAGGCCCCUAAUCUUGGCUACAGAAAUACAAGGCUUAUCCUUGUUUUUGAGUCUGCUGAUUAAUGUGGUGAUUGCUCCCUUGAGGCUGUGAUGGCAACCCAGUGCCUCUUGUCCAAGGAGCUGGGGUGAGCAGUGGACUGGAUCUUGGAAUAUGGAAGCAUCCUCUGUCCUUCAUCCUAGUUCUACAGAGGUUUGGCCGUGACGAAUUUCCACCUAUUCUAAAUUCUUCUUAGGGUAACAAGAUUAUAGGAAACAAACAAGGUGGAUUUAGGGGCACUUGGGUGGCUCAGUUGGGCGUCUGAGUCUUGAUCUUGGCUCAGGCCAAGGUCUCAUGGUUCGUGGGUUCGAGCACUGGGUUGGGCUCUGCGCUAUCAGUGCAGAGCCUGCUUGGGAUCCUCUCUCUCUCCCUUUCUCUGCCUCUCUCUGUCCCAGAAUAAAUAAAUAAAACUUUAAAAAUAUAUAUAUUUAAAAAAUCAGGUGGAUUUAGAGCUCUCCAGUGGAAAGAAACGUGUCUAUGUUGCUAAGACCCACCUUCACCAUCUCUACAGCCUGGCUCUUAUGCAUUGGCUGAUAUGAGCAAGAUCCCUGCCUCCCGUUCCCCUGUAUGGAGAAUUCUGAACCCAGAAUUUCUGGCACAUCCAAAAUGUGCCCAGCAAGGCUAGGAAGGAUGGGGAUUGGAACUAGCAUUUAUUGUGCACCCACUAUGUAGCAUAGUGCUAGGUGCUUUAUAGCACAUUAUAUCACUUGGAAGCUGAGGUUCAGAGAAGUCGUUACAUGCCUAAAUUCACAAGGACAGAACGUGUUAGAAUCAGGAUUUUCAGCGGAGGACUUCAGAUUGAGAUCAGCUGAUGGCAGUGUCCUGCGGUGGAGGCGUAAUUCUAACUUUCUGCUUUUUCUGGCUGUAACUGGUCCUCAAGGGACAUUGGAUAACAUGUUCCUACAUCCCAGAGUCUGUUGGUAUAUGGAGCAGACACUUUGUUUAUUUUGCCCUUGGAGACUUAACCUGUUUGGAGACUCUUCUCUGUGCAGGGAGUAGCAUCUGAGGGUGGGUGGCUUUGCCCCGGAGGCCGCCUUAGACUGCGUACAUGGAAAUAAGUAAACCCUCUUCCACAGUAGUGCGUGUGGUCCGGUGGUGAGGACCAGCAUUGGGCGUCAGGGGGCCUGGGUUGUGAUCUCAAUUUCACCACGAUUUUGUGGUGUGACCCUGGACAGUUAUCCGGUGACAGUGUGCUUGAGUUUGUUCUGCUGUCAGAUCAAAUAAUUUCAGCCCUGCCUGCUUUCCAGGGAUGUUGAGAGGCUAAUUGAAACAGCACUUGAAAAAGACUGUAUGGAGUCACAAGGGCUGUACUAGCCUGAGAUCACUCUUAGGGCGUGGGUGUUUCAAAUCUCUCCUGCUUUUGCGACAUAGUUUGCCCUGGCUAUGUAAGUAGUAUCCGAAAAUGAGUUAUUGGGCUGCCAUAGACCCUAUUUUUUUCCACCUCCUCCCAAAGCCUCUUUCUUGUUGCGAUUACACCUCAUAAAAUGUAAUGUAUCACCCCCCACCCCCUCCCACUUCCUGUUUGGUUAGAAGAAUACAUACGCUUGUAGGGUUCUUUACAGGUUACAAAGAGAUUUUAUAUACCUCAUAUGAGGUUAGCUCAUUUAAUGCUCACAGCGUGAUGAGGUAGUAAUUAUUUCUCACACGUUAUAGAUGGGGAAACAGAGGUGUUCCGUCGCUUGUUCUGGGUCCCAGAGGUGAGAAGUGGCCGAACCAGGCCCCGAACUCGGGCCUGCUGACAAAAUGUGCAUCCAGGACCCUUUUCACCAUAGCCCAGAUGUUUGCAUCCCUUCCCCUCUCUGGAUCCAACCAGGCUGUUCUGUGCUCUCAGCCCUGGGUGUUUCCACACAGCUCUCUCUCCUUCACGCCCUGCCAUGCCUCAAUUAUUGUAAUUACCCCACCACCUGCAAAAGUCAAGCGGGAAUGACGGAACAAUGCAUGCAGGUGUGGCUGUUGCUGGGGACAGCUGCUCCCUGCCAGGGUGAAGAGGAGGGAGGGGGACGGGAGCUGCCUCCUCAAGCCUAGCUAGAGACCUAUCUUUGCCUUUGGGUGGCUGUGCCAUGGAAGGGGAUGGAAAGGGCAUAGGAAUGAGAUGGGAAAACAGAAACUCUGCUUCCCCUCCCAGGUUGGGGGCCCAAAGCCGAGGGGUAGAGAUGGCAUGUAUGGCUGGGUAGUUGGACUCCUAGCCGUGGUGUAAAGCUAGGUGCCUUGGCGUCGCAGAAAUCUGAGGACAAGAAGCAAAGCAGCGUGGGGAGAUGAGCGGUAACGUGAGCCCAACUGGGAGUGGUCGGUGUGGUUCAGUUUGCUCGGGCAAGACCCGGAGAGCCAAAGGGAAAGACGUCGUGGCUAGGAUCGCUCUGACCUUGUGCACCUGACAGCAAUAAUCACAUAUGAUGAUUAAAAAAAAAAAAAAAAGACAUCUGAAAUACUCUGCAUCCAGUACUCGAACAUGACCAUAAACCCAGUAGUCUACAGGGCCGGCAAUAACCAGCAGUGGUUUCUCAGUGCAGCACGGAAUGAUCUAGGCUGAGGGACUUGUGGCAUGUUGGAAGGACCUCGGCAAUGUCUCUCUUCUGUUGCCUGUCAUCCUUCUUUCCUUUUUCCACUCCAACCCCACCCCCUUUGUUCGCACAAUUUGUGGCCCUGGACCAGGUGGAGAAAUGGAACCGCCGCGACCAGAAGCUGCUGGAGGCAGUGCAGCGGGGGGAUGUGGGACGCGUGGCCUCCCUGGCCUCGAGGAAGUCGGCCCGACCCACCAAGCUGAACUCGAGCGGCCAGUCCUCGUUUCAUCUGGCAGCCUCCAAAGGCCUGACAGAAUGUCUGACUAUCUUACUGGCAAAUGGAGCUGACAUCAACAGCAAAAACGAGGAUGGAAGCACUGCCCUGCAUUUGGCCACCAUCUCCUGCCAGCCACAAUGUGUCAAAGUCCUGCUGCAGCAUGGUGCCAACGAAGAUGCUGUGGAUGCAGAAAAUCGUAGUCCGCUGCACUGGGCAGCCUCCUCUGGCUGUGCCUCAAGUGUUCUCCUGCUGUGUGACCACGAAGCCUUCCUGAACGUCCCAGAUAAUGACGGACGUACACCCCUGAUGAUCGCAUCGCUGGGUGGCCAUGCAGCUAUCUGCUCACAGCUACUGCAGAGAGGUGCCCAGGUUAAUGUCACGGACAAGGAUGCCAAGUCGGCUCUGAUCCUGGCCUGUGAGAAAGGCAGCGCGGAGGUGGCCGAGCUGCUCCUGAGCCACGGGGCAGACGCAGGGGCGGUGGACAACGAGGGGCACGACGCUCUGCAUUAUGCUGUACGCUCAGAGGAUAGGGAGCUGUGGAGGCUGCUCCGGCAGGCCCUGCUCCGGCAGGGGCAGCAGGGAGGUCAGGGGCUUGCUCAACAUCCAGAUCUUACAUCCCAGGCCUCCCCAUCAGAGUCUCUGGUGGGUUCUACACCCCAGAGCCCGUGGAGAGCGGAGCCCGAGGAAGAGGAGGAGGAAGACCCAUGCCGGGAUGAGUGGAGGCAGAAGUAUGAAGAGGAGCAGAGGAAGGUUUCUCAGUUGGAGCAGGAGCUGGUGCGAAAGACGGAAGAGAGCGAGGCUCGAGCUGCAGCCUGCCUGGGCCUGGAGAACGGGAUUCGAGAGCAGGUGCAGGAGCUGGGGCUUCUCCUAUCACCACAGCCUGGGACUCCAGGAGGGCAGGGCUCUAGUCUGCGGCCUGGAGGAGAUGGCAUGGAGCAGGGUUGUCCCUUGGACCUUCUGGCUGAGCGCAUUCAAGAACUAAAGAAGCAGCAGCAGGCAGCAGCUGCAGCCAAACGGGCGUUAGCUUCUAAGAAGGCGGAGGAUUCGGUCUCGGGGGAGGUCCCGUAUGAAGCCCAUGGAGGGGCCCAACCGGAAGAACAGGGGCCACCCCAGAGCCCCAGGUCUGAGACCAUUGGGAAAGCCACAGGACAGCAGCUGACCACCAGCGGUGGACAGGCCCUUGGCCCUGAUCACACCGACAAGCCACGUGCUGGCCAGAAAGAGGGGCCCCCGGCCCCAGGGGCUGAACCAGCAGGCACGGCGGCUGCACCAGUGGGCCCCGGAGACGUGAACCAGCUCCUGCUACAACUGAGGGAGGAGCUGGCCGCGGUGUGGCGAGAAAAGGAUGCCGCGCGAGGGGCUUUGUCAAGGCCGGUCCUGGAGGGAGCUCUGGGGACACCCCGGGCCGAGGCUGCGGCAGCCGCCUGGGAGAAGAUGGAGGCCAGGCUGGAGCAGGUGCUGGUGAGGCUGGACAGGGCCAAGGCGGGAUUACCCGUGAGCCCUGAGGCCGCUGCCCGGCCCAGAGAGGGAGCCCUGCACGCCGGCCCAGAGACCACCCCCGAAGAGAAUGAAGGGGGGCGGCCAGGGGCUCCUGGGGCUCGCGGAGAGCCUCUAGGGGCCCCCUCAAGGGGACAGGUGCCUGGAGGAGGUCCGGCCAAGGGACGGUUGGAGAAGGAGGUGGCGGCCCUGCGGCUGAGCAACAGUAACCUGCUGGGGGAGCUGGGGCAGCUGGGGCAGGAGAAGCAGCGGCCGCAGGGGGAGCCGCAGUCCCUGAGCCAGUGUCUGCAGCGGGAUUUCGUCCUCAAGCCGGAGGCACAGGACCAGCUGCGGCAGUUGCGGCGCAGCGUGGGGCUGCUAAAAGAUGAACUGGCCGCGGAGAAGGAGGCCACCGAGCAGCUGCGGCAGCGCCUGGCCUCCCAGAGCAGUGGCCUCCGCGGGCUGUGGGACGACCUGCCGCCGGACGUGGUGGGCAGGGGCGUCGCGGGGCGCACGGCGGCCGAACCCCUGGAGGAGCUGCGGGCCUGCAUCCGCGCCCUGGCCGACGGGCACCGGGAGGCCCAAGCCUCGCUGGCCCGGCUGGAGCAGGAAAACCGGCGGCUGCGCGGGUCCCCUGGCCCCCGCGGGGAGCCACCCGGCACCUUCUCACAGGGCCCAGUCUCCCCCCAGGUGGCCGCUCUGGAGCAGGACCUGGGGAAGCUGGAGGAGGAGCUGCGGGCCGUCCAGGCCACGAUGAGCGGAAAGAGCCAGGAGAUUGGGACGCUGAAGAAGCUGCUGUACCAGGCCACCGAGGAGGUGGCCGAGCUGCGGGCCCGUGAGGCUGCCAGCCUGCGGCAGCACGAGAAAACGCGGGGCUCGCUGGUGGCCCAGGCCCAGGCUUGGGGCCAGGAGCUGAAGGCCCUCCUGGAGAAGUAUAACACGGCGUGCCGGGAGAUGGGCCGGCUGCGCGAGGCCGCGGCCGAGGAGCGGCGCCGCAGCGGGGACCUGGCAGCACGGGCCGCGGAGCAGGAGCGCCAGGCCGCCGAGCUGCGCGGCCGCUCCCAGCAGUUUGAGAAGACGGCCGAGGUGCUCAGGCACAAGGUGGAGCAUCUCAUCGGGGCCUGCCGGGACAAGGAGGCCAAGAUCAAAGAAUUGUUGAAGAAGCUGGAACAGCUUUCAGAGGAGGUCUUGGCAGUGCGGGGAGAAAACGCUCGCCUUGCCCUGCAGCUACAGGAUUCCCAGAAGAACCAUGAAGAGAUCAUCUCCGCCUAUAGGAAGCACCUGCUGAAUGCCACUCAGGGUUACAUGGAACAAGAUGUGUAUAAUAUUCUGCUGCGAAUCCUCAGCAUACAGGAAGAGUGAGGCAGUUGGGGCCCUGAGGGGUGUGCGAUUUCUCCUGAUUUCUCUGUUGGAGUAAGAGCAUCCCUGGCUUCCAGAGGCUCCAUCAGGCUUUGGAGGGUGGGGCCAGGCAUGGGGAUGGCAUGGGUGGGGUUCCACCUGACACUAUGGACCCCAGACCUGAGAACCUGAAGCCUGGAGUCGGCAUGAGACCAGAGGAGAUGCACGGAGGCCAGCUCUAUGGAAAAUAAAGCAGGAGGCGGUGUGGUGUUGGGUGUCCCUGCUUUCUCUGUUCAAAGGCGAGUGGGGGAAGGAAACUUUUUUUAAAAAUCACAAAUGGCCCCCAAUUAUGAUCCAUAGUAAGAAAUACACUACAUUGUGGCGCAUCUAACCUGAAAUAGUAUUUACCCUUACUAUUUUCUUUCUAGGAUAUUCUCUGCUGUUAUUCUCCACCGAAAAAAAUAUUGCUCAAAAUACAUCCAUCCGCCCAUGGGUCAAGACCCACAGGUUGAAAAAUAGCACUCUGUGAAAAUGGAGAUCGACACUCUUUCUCUUUCUCAAAUCUGUCUCUAAUCUUUUUUCUCUAUCUUGUGAUUCCUGCGUCCACUAUCUUUUUUUAAGGAGGAGAGACUGAGAGACCUGGAGUUUCUUCAAGAGGUAGAAUCUAAAAUAUUUGAUGGUAUGUCAAACCGGGCUUCUAGAUCUGAGGCACAGGGCUCACAUGGUCCGUGUUCUUUGCCCAGGUACCAAGAGGGGUUAAAAGUCUGAUUCCUGGGGAAGGGAGGAAGGGAUAUACAGAGCUGGCUUCUUCCCUCCAGUUCUGUUCUCAGACUGAAAACCGUGGAUCUCUCUUGGCCACUUCCCGUGGGUCUCCUCCCCUUCGUGUCCCUCCAACAGCCAGACUGCUAGGUGUGAGACAGGCAGCAAAUUCCUCCCCAAUCUGGAACUGCGUUUGGCCCCCUCCUUGGUCCUUCUCCCAGCCUACCCCCUGCUGGGUUAGGCUGGGUGGGAGGCCAUGGUUUGGCAGUAAACAGCCUGCCUGGGUUGAGAGGAGAGUGUGGAGGGGCUGCUUCGAAGACAGGGGCCCACAGAGGGGCUGCAGGGCCUGGCUCCAGGGUUUGGGCCAGAAGAGAGCAGCGGGGUGUAGAUCACGUCCUAGAGAGGAUGAGGGUCAGCUUUAGGAUUUGUGCAAAUGGGCACAGGACUGCUUUUGGACGUGAAGAAUGGAGACCGGAGGGGUUGAUGGAGAAAGAGAGGGUACAGCUGCCAGAGGAAGAGCAUCUGAAAGAUUGAGUCAUUUCCAUUAAGGGGAACAGAACCUCUCUUUUCUUUGAGUUACCAAAGAAUCUCGAAGGACUGUUACAAUCAUUAUUUAUGGAGUGCAGGGUGGGAAGAAUGAAGAAACUGUUGAGAGAGAGGGGUCCAGACAGGGGGAGAUGGUUUGGCUAAGUUCAAGUAUGAGUCAGGAAGCAGCUUUGGUAAUGGGAGCUGAUCCCAGGAUGGCUGAGUUAUGGGAAUGGUCAGUGAUAUGCUAACACAGGAUGGAAUGUUUCCAGCCCCUGGUCUUCCCAAACGGUGUCCCUCUGUACAACCCCAUAAACUCUUACCCCAACGACCCCAGGCCCUGAAGUUUUCCUUGAUUUCAAAAAUAAAUCUUUCUUUCCCAAAGUAACUCUAGUCCUAAGUUUGUCCCUAUCCCUCCUAGGCUGUCUGCUGAAUGGGGCUUAGGUAGGGACUUCUUACUCCUCUUUUUGCGUCCCCCUUCUUCAGGCUUCAGAUGUAGGGGUAUAUGGGUGAGAGUAGGUGAAGCUUGGUUGCCACGAUAGGGUCAGACUAUUUCUUUGAAUGCCUUCCGUCUGGAACUUGGUCUGGAUUUGUAGUCUCCCUCCUCUGUCUGAUAACAUUAGUUCAUUAAACUGACAUUGAACGAGUCUACUACGGGCCAGGCUCAGAAUAGAGUGAACAUCUCAGAAAAGAUUCUUGUCCUUACUGAGCUGGCAUACAGGAUCAAAAUCAGGCAUCCUGGUUCCUACUUUUCAGUUGUCCUGUAGGGAUGCUGGAACUUCCAACCUCAAAUUAACUAUUUAAAAAAAAUUUUUUUAAAUGUUUAUUAUUUUGUUUUUGAGAGAGAGAAAGAGAGACAGAGUGUGAGUGGGGGAGGGGCAGACAGAGAGGGAGACACAGAUCAGAGGCAGGCUUAACCGACUGAGCCACCCGGUGUCCCUCAAAUUAACUAUUAAAGGAGAUUCCUUCUUUAGGAAACCAUUAGGAUUCAAGGUAUGGUUGAGUUUCUUUUUUUUCUUUUACAUUUUUACAGCUUUAAUGAGUUAUAAUUGACAUUCAGUAAACUACACAUACUUAAAGUGUACAAUUUGAUAAGUUUUGACAUAUGUGCACACCGAUAACACCCAUCACACAAUCAGGAUAAUGAACAUACGACUCCCAAAGAAUCCCCCCCUUUUUUUUUUAUUAUUUUUUUAACGUUUAUUUAUUUUUGAGACAGAGAGAGACAGAGCAUGAACGGGAGAGGGUCAGAGAGAGGGAGACACAGAAUCUGAAACAGGCUCCAGGCUCUGAGCUGUCAGCACAGAGCCCGACGCGGGGCUCGAACUCACGGAUCAUGAGAUCAUGACCUGAGCUGAAGUUGGAAGCUUAACCGACUGAGCCACCCAGGCGCCCCCCCUUCUCUUUUUUUUUAAAUUUUUCCCUCCAAAUCACUGAAAAUUCUAGAGGAUACAAACUAGUCCAUAGUAACUUUUUAAAAAAAGUUUAUUUAGAGAGAGAGAGACAGCAUGCGCAAGAGGGACAAGGACAGAGAGAGAGAGAGAGAGAGAAUCCCAACCAGGCUCCACACUGUCAGUGCAGAGCUCAAUGCGGGGCUUGAAUUCCAGAACCAUGACCUGAGCCGAAGUCAAUGCUUAACAGACUGAGCCACCCAAGUGUCCCCAUAGUAACUUUUGAUCUAUAUGACUGAGCAGAACAAAAAAUGAGCUCAGGGACUGAUGAAGACUCAACUGUUCCAAGGGGCAGUUAGAAUUUAGAACCAAGUACUUGAGCUUGAGUUCAGCUUGAGGUCUUACCAUUGCUGGCAGCAAACAGCAGGGAAAGAACCUGAGUGUCAGGAGAGGGUGCACAUCUUCCCUAAGAAUGAAAUCCACAAAGUAGUCAGUAAUGGUCCAAUUCAACAGGUAUCUGGGGAUAUCGGUAGGCUGGUACCUUGAUUCUUGUGGUUUGGGUGGGGUCUCAUGGGAAUGAUUAUACUGAAGGUUUAAUCUAAAUGAGAGGAUUAUUUAUAUUAUUUAUUAAAGUACUAUUUUAUGCCAA